UGUUUACAGAAGCUAACGCAAAUGCACUUACUCCAACAUUACCCAAGUAUAGCACUGGAUCGUGCAUAACUCAUCUACCUGAGAGGAGAGAGAGGGGAAAGGUGACGCAAUGUAUGCAAUGGCUCAUCACCAAGAUGCAUCAGUAGGCAACACCACCAUGGACUCCCAAGACACUAAUCAUAUCCCAGAUCUACAUGGUCCAGGUCCUCCAUCAGCCAGCCAUACGAGCAGAUAGACCUGGCCUUGCAUAACCUCUGGCUCUUCUACCCACCACUUCAACAGCCAAUCCUGUCACAGCUUAUAUGUCUCGUUUUAUGCGUCAAACUCAAAAGGACCUUCACACACUAAGACUAACCCGUCUAUGCCCGAAACCAAGCUUCCCUCGUUCCCCCGUCGUGACGUUACUGUGGUCCCUUCACAUUGUCUCUCUCUCAGUGAUGUGUGUCGCAACAUUCGGAAUGAAUCUACCUGGGUAUUUCGUUGCUUUACAGCACCAUUUCCUUCCUCUUCUAGCGGUCUUCUUACUGCCUGCCGGAAUUUACUAUCUGAGCUUGCGCAAGAAAGAAAGCCCCCUGGCGCCUGUUUGGAAUACACCGGUGGAUGAGUCCAAGUAUGGGAAGAAAGCAAAGUCAAAGGUCACACACCUCAAACCCACAGAAUGGUAUCGAAACAUGUUCUUUCAGCUUCAGAAUCUGGAAGAUCACCCCGAAGCGCUAGAACCAGCCCGAGAGGAACUCUUAGCCAUGUUCUCCCACGGACUUUCAAUUGCGCUCCGGCAGCCCAAGUGUAGUAGUAGCACCAACAUCCUCAGGGUCGAGGAUUACAGUCUCGAGUCCUUCUCCAGCUUCCUCGAGGACGUACAUGAAAAGACUCAGUCGGAAUGGGCGUGGUAUCUGGAGCGACGAAAGCAGGGCCAUGGUCCUGAGUUGUUCGCAACGGCUGAAGCGGCCAAGGCCUGGCUGGUCCAGCAGGCUCCCAUCAAGUUUGUAGACGGCGCAUGGCUUGGACACGUUCACAAAAUCACCACUCCAUUUGCCCUCCGCGGCAUCACUAGACCGGUCUGGCAGGUUUUGUCGGAAGAGCUCGGCGAUGGCGACCUAUGCAAACAUCACGUCAAUCUCUACCGCCAGCUUCUGGACGAUAUUGGAUGUUCCCUCCCCCAUGGCCACAGUGCCGAUUUCAUUCAUCUCCGCGAGUGGGAUUCCGUCGAGAGCCGUGGCACCUGGGAAGCCGCCGUGGGCCAGCUCGUCAUCUCGCUCUUCCCCAAUGAGUUUCUCCCUGAAAUCCUCGGGUUUAAUAUGCACUUUGAGACAGUUACCCUCGAGACGAUGCAGGUGGCUCAUGAGCUCAAGGGCAUUGGCAUUAACCCUUACUACUUUCUCAUUCACAUGACCAUAGAUAACGCGGAUUCUGGCCACACGGCCAUGGCCGCUCACACUGUUCGGCGAUAUCUGGAAGUGGUGAGAGCAACGGAGGGCAUGUCGGCUAUGCAGCAAGCCUGGAAACGUGUUCAGGUCGGAUAUAUCUUGUCGCAGACUCUAGGGAAUCACUCUUCACCAGGGACGGCCAGGUUGGGUCUGUCGAGUCCGGACGUGCUGCUGGGACCGCUGAGCACGCGAGUGAUAAACAUCUUUAGAUCCAAGGCCUUGGUAUCGCAUCGCAUCCAUUCUCAAAGCAGGGUGCAUAUCGGACCCUAUACCUUGUCUGAAUGGCUCGACGCGAGCGUGUGGAAGCAUUCCAAUGGCUUGCAUCAGCUGGAUCUCUUGACUGCCCUGAGCCAAGCCAAGCCAUGGGUGAUUGCCGGGGAAAGCCGCAAGAGCACACUUUUACGGGAGCUGUCGUGGGGGGGGCGCAUGUUUGGCGCGUUCACUGACAACGAGGUUACUACGAUUCGCGGGUGGAUCGAUGCACUGAGGCCACGACAGGAACCCUUGUUAUAUUGGACGUUUACCCAGAGACAACCUGUGCCGUCUCAAGAAGCCGUCGCGGAGCUCCGAGAUCCAGUUUGCCACCAUCCAUUCGUACUUCCCGAUACUGAAGUCAAACCACUCCAGAUGGUGGAUUCGUGCAUGACACCCACAACAAUAUGCCGGGGACUUGGCUUUGUCGGUGGAGGGAGGCCGUGGCCAGAACAGCCAACGUUAACCAUAUCCUCGAUGGCUCGACUCCCUGACGUCAUUGCCCUUUGGUUUGCGCACAUCAGUCUUCUCGAGAACACAAUCAACACGCCUUCCCGAACCGUAUGCCCCCUCCAUUCCAGUAUCCUGCGCCUCCUGCGCGCGCAAGCGGGAUUUGGUAUCGAAUCCGACAUCGUCGCAGGCAUGGACGAGCUCAGGCGGGACUCCUGCACUAGCCUGGUUGACAUUGGCCUAGAGCUGACCCAGCACCUUGACCGGGGUACGACCACUGUCAACCCGUUAUCUUUGCACGAUGUUUUCAUGCUAGUGGCUAGGCACGGUCAGGGUGAGGAGAGUGCUAAAUUGGCCCACGACAUGCUGCGGUGGAGUGCGCGACCCACGGCGAAUCUCGGCUUGCUCCUCGGCUUAGCGACGGCCUUCCUGGAGUUUAAACGUGCCAUUUGCAGAUCCCCGAACCUCUUGGGUUGGGAGAGCGGCCGCUUGUUGGAGGCGAUUGUGGAAAGAGAGGCGGCGAGCCUCGAGGAUUGUACUAGGCAGCUACAGAAUACGGAUGAUAGGCGGUACAAAGAUUUGCUGCGGGGGUAUCACCUUGCCAUGAUCACUUUGCCAAACUGCAUAUAGCAUGCAUUAUACGUACAUAUGCACAUACGACGGAGCAAUUAGAGUUUCCAAUAGAAUAAUGCAGAUGCUACGUGGGGGUCAUCCAUGCAUAUUAAAUAACAAUUCUGCAACAGAGGAUCUACUCCUUCGGGCGGGGUAGAUAGUCUCCUAGCGAGGUAAUGGUACGUUGGCAACAAGGUAGCGAGGUAUUUAGUAUUAAAUAAGUUGUAGAGCGAAU